AUGAAUGAGCUAAGGUUUGUUAGUCAAUUUUUCGCUCAUGGUCAUCAUGUCUGCAGUCUACCCGAAGGUGCUGUUGUCCCAGGAACCUCCCCAGAUCGUUCGAAUGCGAAGAUAUGUCCUGAAUGUAAAUUUGUCAGUUCGUCAUCGGAAGAAUUAUGUGAACACUUUGAAAAUUCUCACGCUGAAAAGGGCAGUUUUUCUUGCACUUGCGGUGACUCGUAUGCUCGAUUGCCGGACUUUCUGCGGCAUUAUAUCGAUUGCCCCGUAGCGGCCACAGAUUUACAAGAUACACGAAGGGAUUCAAUAAACAAAAGAAAAGGAAAAAGGCGGCAUGCAGAAUAUGAUCCGCCCAGCGAAAUAGUGACAGACGAUGGUGUUGAGAAUGGAGACAGUAGUUCCUACGAAACCUAUUAUUCUUAUCGUCAUCCCUCCGUUUCCCCCAUCGCUGGGCCCUCCGAAGACAAGCCAUACGGUUGUCCAAAGUGUACUAAAGGCUUCAAAAGCAAAUCGCUGUUAGAUCAACACAUGCACCUUCAUUAUCCACCAAGGUAUAAGUGUCGAUGGUGUGGUAAUGUUUAUCGUUGGCCUCCUGUUUAUUAUCACCACAAGCAAAAAUGCAAGAAACGUCCGUUGCACAACAACUCCGGGUCCGAUGCGAAUCACGAGUGCAACAGUUCAGAGGAAUCACCGUUUAAGACUGAGGAUCCUAAUGUUUCCACAGAACAGGUUGCACUUGCUCAAAAAACGUUAGCUCAGUUCAUGAAUAUACAUGGCAUGACGAUUCCCAACUCUAAUCAUGCUUCCAGUGUCAUACCUCCUCUCCUGAACGGUUCAGUGCCCCCCUGCAAGUUCCCUUGUAUAUGUUCAGAAGUCUUCCUCACUCUACCUUCCUACCUCGAGCAUGCAAAGGUCUGUUCAAGCAUGCUGUCCGCUUCCACCGUCUUGGAGAAUUUGGCACCUCAGGUAUUACUUCCCGGUUUAAAUAUGGGUUUGGAUUUAUCUACCCAGUCUUUACUGAUUAAAUCGGAGGAAAACGGCACAGCCACUCCCGAAAAACCAGCUGUUCGAGAUCUUUCACUUCAUCAACCCUCCGGUGUCAAUGGAAUAUUCACUUGCUCAAUUUGUGGGAAAGAUUUUAAUUCAAAGCUAUCAUUAAAACAACAUGUUGACGGCAAGCACCGUGCGGAGGGAAAAUAUUUAUGUCCAACUUGUGGAAAGCGAUAUCGAUGGGGUGCUUCGUUUUACUAUCACAAGAAGACGUGUUUCCCUCAAGAUUCAACGAGCACGAUAGCAUCCCAGUCACCAGAGCUCCUCACUACUCGCACUUAG